AUGGUCUCUGGAUUCACCAAGUCGCUCAGCUCGGUUGUUUACCGCAACUUCUUCAAGAAGGAGUCGACCUACUUUGCCACCAUCGUGGGCAGCGGCGUCCUGUUCUCGAUCGGCUUCAACACCUACUUUGACAGCUACUGGAACAAGAAGACCGCUGGCACAAAGUGGGAAGACAUUAAGGACAAGUACCAGCCAUCCGUUCAUCGCCACUUCUUCGCACAUAUCUCGAUGCCGAUUCACUCAGUGUUCAUCAUUAACAAGGCAGGCGGCCUGAUAUACAACCGGGACUACUCAACCAAUACGGUAAAGCUCUCGUCGAAUGAGGCGCUGAUCCUGGCAGGCACCUUCCAUGGCAUCCACGCGCUCGCGUCGCGCAUCUCGCCGGCGUCGCGGUCUGAUGGCAGCAAAGACACCGGGAUCCAGACAAUUGAUACGAGCAGCUUCCGCAUCCACUGCUACCAGACAGCGACUGGCAUAAAGUUCAUUGCAGUCACCGACCCUUCAUACCUGCAGCUCAACGAUGUGCUGUCCAAGAUGUACGGUCUGUACAGCGACUACGCACUCAAGAACCCGUUCCACAGCCUCGAGAUGCCAGUGAGGUCCGAGCUAUUUGAUACCAAGCUGCAGCAGCUCAUCCAGUCCAGCUAA